ACUUAAUUUUUCAUAUAGCUAAUGGUUAUCCUCCAGUAUGUAUCAAACAAAUUAAAGUGCAGAAUUUUUAAAAAGUAUUGAAGAUGAACCAAACAAUGCUUCUGUCUUCUCCAACACCGAUGCAAAAAAUAUGGAACAACAGCAGAGCAAAUGGAAAAUCUCGGUGGAAUUGCAAUUCCACUUGUAAUUUCCCACUUGCUAGCAGAAUUAUUGUUAAAAAUUUAGGAUAUUCGGUUGGCGAAAGUAGUUUGCAAAAGGAAUUUUCUUAUUUUGGUGAAAUAGCUGAAGUCAAGCUCGUAAAGAAUGACGGCGCAAAGAAGUCCAAAGCAUACGCAUUUAUCCAGUACACUAGUGAAGAUGGUGCAAUUCUAGCUCUGGAGAAUAUGGACCGCAAGAUAUUUGAUGGCAGAUUGAUUUAUGUUGACCUUGCCAAACCUGGGAGAGGCGGUUUUGGAGGGUACCCAAAGGCCUCUGGACCUCCAAAGAAGCGGCAGCAAUUGCCGGAGGAAGAUGAGGUCGUAGACUGCUGGUACUGAUUGAAUUCCACUAGUUAGAAGUGCUAUAUCAAGGACUGAGGGGUCCCCAGUCUAACAGUUUCGAGAUCACAGACAACUAUAAGGAGCGUAUUGUAAUCGACCUCGGAAAAGCUGCAUCGCAUUGAAUUGCUGUGUAAUGACAAUUUACCAUCUUGAUCUGUGUAAUAUGUCAUUCUGUGUUCAUAUGCAGAAGCAAUGCUGAGUUUCCUCAGACCCCCCACAUGAGAUGUAUAGAUUAAUACAUUAUAGACCGAAAUUGAAGUUCAGCUUUAAUGACA